UAUAAAAAUUCUGAAUGGUACUUGUUUUUUCUUUUUGCUGCAUUACUUCAUAAUGUAAUAUUCGGAUGCAUCCUUUCCACUUAUGCAGUGAUUCAUGAGCCUAAUGGGCCAACUAAAAGUUCACAAUUCGAACAUUCAUCAGUCCCUGCCACAGUUAAAAAGCUGUUCAAUAUGAAGUCAAAUUUUCUCACAAACAGGGAUGCAUGGGCUGGAACUUUUGAAAGCUACUUCUCCCUUCGAAAGACUCCUCGCACUGAUUGUCCAGAAAAACUACCAGAGGUAACAAGAUCAUUGAGGCCUCAUGGUCCAAGAGAAGAUUCAUCUCUGUCAGAGUUUCAAGAGGAGUUGAUCCAACUUGCUUCUCAGCUCAAUGGAGAUCAUGUUCUUAACACAUACCCACACAUUGGCAAUGGCUUAACCGUCGGCCAAGCAAACAGCUAUGCUGAGGAUGCAGUGGCAAGGUUCUUAGAAGCUGGAAAAGCAGCACUAUUGGCUGGAGCAAAUGAAUCAGCCAUUGUUACCAUGAGGCCUGCUCUCACUAGCAGGGUUUCUAUAGGACCUUCCAACCCUUCUGUCCACGCUAGUUAAAGACAUUAAUGCUAGGCAACACCUGUCAUCUACGAUGCGCUGUGCAAGCUUGCUUGCCGCUACACACGACUAUUGCGCUUGGAUAUAUAUUCUUGCUAAGAAUAGAAAACCCAUCACUUGAAUGUAUAUUAAAGAACUACGUUGGAGAUUUGUAUAUGAAAAAACUCUGUUCAAUCUAUGUAUAAACUUUGUGAUAUGCAAGUUGGGAAUGAUUUUAAGGUACCAAAGCCUAA